AUGUACUUGAGUUUUCAAAACAAGUCAUUUUGGGAAAGCCUGCAUUUAAAAAAUGGCCUUGAGGACUGGGAUAUGGCAGAGGAGCUCAAACUCGCCAUCACUACUGAAGAGUUUCUGCAAGCUCUUGACGAGACCCUGCGCCGUCGCACGCUGAAGUGGCAAGCUGACCCCCUGGCACACGGGUGCUCGCUGCCGGGAGCACUGCCAGAUGCCAGGGAUAAGUUUGGGACCUGGAGCCCUGGCGUAGGCCCGGCCGGAUCCGACAGCCCCGUGGCCUUGGUUGCUGGUGCCGCAGAAACCUCCUCUCCGAACACAUCCUGGGACUACUCUGAUCCGGACUGCUCCGAGGAGGACGUGCUGUCAUCCUCCAGCGAGGCUGGAAAGCUUACUGAGGAUGAAGACGCUUCGCAUGUGGACAUCCCAGUUCCUCAGGAGAUGCCGGAAACUCCCAUACUCGAGGCAAUGCUGAUGCCUCGGGAAUCCGCAGUCCUCAGACCUCAGAGCGUGAAGCUCAAGUGCCCCAGGCAGACGAGCACCAAAAUCGAGGGACGCUGGCCCCGUCCCCCCCUUAAUUACUGCAUCCUCAUCACCCUCGCCCUGUGCAACAGCGCAAGUGGCAGUCUGACCGUACAGCAGAUCUACCAGUUCACACGGCAGCACUUCCCAUUUUUUCAAACAGCCCCAGAGGGCUGGAAAAACACAAUCCGACACAACCUGUGCUUCAGCAGCUGCUUUGAGAAAACCACUGGCUUCGUGUGCAGUGAGGGAAACCGCAAGUCCUGCCUGUGGAAACUGACCCCAGAAGGACGCAGAAAGUUUCAGGAGGAAGCACAGGCUCUGCCCAAAGAGGCUCUCGACUUGGUGCGCCGAAGCAUGAGCGAACCGGAGGAUUAA